CGCCUCUCUCAUUAAUUAGCGGACCAUUUCUAAUUCACCCCUCGCAUCUUUUCGAAUUUUCGAGAGCUCAAAGCCUCGAACCAUUCCCUUCUUCCUCGUCCCAAUCCAAGUUCCAACCAUCCAGGGCGGGGGUUUUCCCGUUAAUCCGCGCCUCUCCGUGUCGGAUUGAAUUGAAGCGGAGAGGGGGAGGAGGAGGUGGAGGUGGAGGUGGAGGAGGGCGGCGGGUGGCGAUGGCGAUGGCGAGGCUGACGCCGAACGGCGUGGCGGCGGCGCUGGCGGGGGACACGAACCUGAAGCCGGUGCUGCAGAUCGUCGAGCUGCGGGGCGUCCAGGUCAACGGCGCGGGCGUCACGCGCGGGGAGAGGUUCCGGGCGGUGGUCUCCGACGGCACCGCCGCGUCCUCCGCGCUCUUCGCCGCGCAGCUCAGCGACCACGCCCGAUCCGGCGCCCUCCGACGCGGCAGCAUUGUGCAGCUCAGCGAGUACGUCAUCAACGAAGUCGGCCCCAGAAGGAUUAUUGUCAUUCUGAACCUGGAAGUUCUUGUUUCGGAGUGUGAGAUAAUUGGGAAUCCUACAGCGCUUUCAGAAACUGGAUCUCCUAUCCCAAAUCCGACAAGAGUAGAGCAAUUUAACGGAGCACCUCAAUAUGGUUUGAUGGCAGGGAACUCAUCAAAUACAACCACAAAGCCUAGUGACAAUGUUCCAUUGUUCCAAAAUUCGAUGGCAGGAAACUCCUCUAACUUUGCCACUAGGCCCAGUGACAAAGUUCCGGUCUUCCAACCAACAGUCCAGCCAUCUUAUCGCCCUGCACCUAAUUACAAAAACCAUGGAGCAAUCAUGAAAAAUGAAGCCCCUGCUAGAAUAAUCCCCAUAUCUGCUUUAAAUCCUUAUCAAGGCCGCUGGGCUAUCAAGGCUAGAGUUACUGCCAAGGGAGAUAUCCGCCGAUACCAUAAUGCUAAAGGUGAUGGGAAAGUAUUCUCUUUUGACUUGCUUGAUUCUGAUGGGGGAGAGAUACGGGUGACAUGCUUCAAUGCUCUUCUUGAUCGAUUCUAUGAAGUUGUGGAAGUUGGUAAGGUCUAUGUGGUAUCAAGAGGAAACUUGAGACCUGCACAGAAGAACUAUAACCAUCUUAACAAUGAGUGGGAGAUUUUAUUGGAGAAUGGAUCAACUGUGGAUCUUUGUCCUGAUGAGAACAGUUCCAUUCCCACCCAGCGGUUUGACUUCAGACCGAUCAAUGAAAUUGAGGAUGCCCAGAACAAUGCUAUCCUUGACAUCAUAGGUGUUGUUACAUCGGUCAAUCCUUGCACCACAAUACAGAGGAAAAAUGGCAUGGAAACUCAGAAAAGAACUAUGAACCUGAAGGAUAUGUCUGGUCGAAGUGUUGAGGUAACCAUGUGGGGUGACUUUUGCAACAGAGAAGGCUCACAGCUUCAAGGAAUGGUUGAACGUGGGAUCUUUCCUGUGCUGGCUGUCAAAGCAGGAAAAGUGAGUGAUUUCAGUGGCAAGUCUGUCGGCACAAUUUCUUCAACUCAGCUCUUCAUCAACCCUGAUUCUGCUGAAGCUCAUAGUCUCAGGCAAUGGUUUGAUAGUGGAGGAAGAGAUGCUUCUACUCAGUCCAUAUCCAGAGAUAUCACGCCUGGAGCAUCAAGGAAUGAGAUCCGAAAGACAGUAGCACAGAUCAAGGAUGAAGGUCUUGGAAUGGGGGACAAACCUGACUGGAUUACGGUGAAAGCCACCGUUAUAUUCUUCAAGAAUGAGUCCUUCUUCUACACAGCUUGCCCUAACAUGAUUGGCGACAGGCAGUGCAAUAAGAAGGUGACAAAGAGUACUAAUGGCAAUUGGACCUGUGACAAAUGCGAUAGGGAGUUUGAAGAGUGCGACUACAGGUAUCUCCUGCAGUUUCAGAUUCAAGAUCACUCGGGAACAGCUUGGGUGACAGCAUUCCAGGAGGCUGGGCAGGAGUUGCUUGGCUGCUCGGCAACAGAGCUCAACGCACUUAAGGAGCGCGAGGACCCUCGGUUUGCAGACACCAUGCUCAAUUGCUUGUUUCAGGAAUAUCUGCUCAGGCUGAAGGUCAAAGAAGAAUCAUACGGCGAUGAGCGCAAAGUGAAGAACACCGCGGUCAAAGUGGAGAAGGUUGAUCCUUCGGGUGAAAGUAAAUUUCUGCUGGAUUUGAUCUCCAAGUCCUCGGCGCUACAUUAGCAGACUGUGCUACUCUAUCAGCUGCUCGCUCGUGCGUGGUGAGGUGAGCGAGGUGAGGUGUUGCAGUGCCCAUAGCCCUCGCCCUCCUGCUCGAUUUUUGUGCCGGUACUUUAAUAUUAACGCCACUUAAUAGUUUAUAUCCAGAUUAGUGCUUUAAUAGUUUAUAUCCAGAUUAGUGCUGAUAUUUCCAUUUUUGUGCCGGUACUUUAAUAUUAACGCCACUUAAUGUAUCAGCUUUUAUACCUUUUUCUCGAUCAAAUGAUUGCCUUCUAGCUGCA